GAACUCGUGCCGUUAAAGUUCAGCUCCUAGCGAGCUAACAUUAUGAGAUGCAUUAGCUAAUCUGUUGCAACGGAUUGCAUAGAAGAUAGCGAGUUUUUCUUAUGAUAUUGUAGGCCUUUCAGAGAUAUUCGGAAGCUAUAUUUGAUAUUUAAAAAUAAGAUAUAACGUAAUCAAGAUUAGUCAUAUAUUAGAGAGGCUCGGAGUUGAACCAUAGGUGUGUUUUCUGUUACCUUAGUGAUAAACAAGCCUUAGGCUACACUAAACUCUUCAAGAUUGAACCCUCGAAAUGAUCCUCUCACGAGUGAAGCCGGCGGUGGGAGCACAGACAACGGGGAGCAUCAGCGAGAAAAAGAAGAAAAACAAAACCAAGGUUCCUAGUUUGGAGGAGUAUCUUCAGCAGAGAGACUACCUAGGAGCCUUAACAUUGCUGGAGUUUCAGAGAAGUGUCGGAGAGAAGGAGGAGAAUGCGGACCUGUGGAUUUGUUACUGCGCAUUUCACCUCGGUGAUUACAAGAGAGCCAUGGAGGAGUACAAAUCUCUGACCAUGAGGCCGGACUGUCCUGCAGACGUGUGGGUCUAUCUGGGCUGUGCCCUGUUUUUUCUGGGCCUUUAUAAAGAAGCUGAGGAGGCGGCAUCAAAAGCACCGAUGUCCCCGCUCCAAAACCGGCUGCUGUUUCACCUGGCCCACAAGUUUAACGACGAAAAGAGACUGAUGGGCUUCCACCAGAACCUGGAGGAUGUGACAGAGGACCAGCUGAGCCUGGCCUCCAUCCACUACAUGCGCUCACACUACCAGGAGGCCAUAGACAUCUAUAAACGCCUUCUGCUGCAGAACAGAGACUUCCUGGCGCUGAAGGUGUACGUGGCUCUGUGUUACUACAAGCUGGACUACUAUGACGUGUCUCAGGAGGUGCUGGCCGUGUACCUGCAGAACAUCCCGGAUUCAACCAUAGCUCUCAACCUCAAGGCCUGCAACCACUUCAGGCUUUACAAUGGCAAGGCAGCUGAGGCUGAGCUGAAGAACCUAAUCGAUAUCUCCUCCUGCUCCUUUGAGUUUGCUAAGGAGCUUAUCCGACACAACCUGGUGGUGUUUCGUGGCGGGGAGGGUGCGUUGCAGGUGCUGCCUCCUUUGAUCGAUGUGAUUCCGGAGGCUAGACUCAACCUGGUCAUCUACUAUCUGAGACAAGAUGAUGUCCAGGAAGCUUACAACCUCAUCCAAGACCUGGUUCCCAUCACUCCUCAGGAAUACAUCUUAAAAGGAGUGGUAAACGCGGCUCUCGGACAAGAAAUCGGAUCGAGGGAUCACCUGAAGAUUGCCCAGCAGUUUUUCCAGUUGGUCGGCGGCUCAGCCAGCGAGUGCGAUACUAUCCCUGGCAGACAGUGCAUGGCCUCCUGCUUUUUUCUCCUGAGACAGUUUGAAGACGUUCUCAUAUAUCUCAACUCUGUCAAGGGCUACUUCUACAAUGAUGAUACGUUCAACUUCAACUACGCUCAGGCUAAAGCAGAGCUGGGAAACUACAAAGAAGCCGAGGAGGUUUUUCUGCUCAUCCAGAAUGAAAAGAUCAAGAACGACUAUGUUUACCUCAGCUGGCUGGCUCGAUGCUACAUAAUGAACCAGAAGGGCCAGCUUGCCUGGGAGCUUUAUCUGAAGAUGGGCACCUCUUCGGAUUCCUUCAGUCUGCUGCAGCUGAUUGCCAACGACUGCUACAAGAUGGGCCAGUUCUACUAUGCUGCCAAAGCAUUCGAUGCUCUGGAGAAGCUGGACCCAGGCUCCAAUUACUGGGAGGGAAAAAGAGGGGCAUGUGUCGGCAUCUUUCAGCUCAUACUGGCAAACAAGGAGCCCAAGGAGACGCUGAAAGAGGUUUUGGCCCUCCUGCGAAAUUCAGGAAACCCUCAGGUUGAAUACAUUAUCCGGAUUCUGAGAAAGUGGGCCAAAGACAACAGAGUCCUCCUCUCAUGACACAGACAGAAGGCUAAGUGUGUCACCUGAAUGGAUCUACACCACGAAAAGAAAAAUGGUCUUUUAUUUGCUAUAAUGUAGUGAUUUGUAUCAAACACAUGCACAUUUUAAUUGUUUUUUUUUUCUCUGUGUAAUAUAAUUUGUAAUAAAAUAUGACUAUUUUAAUGUA